AUGGCCAAUGUGCAAGAUAAAGAAUCUCAUAUUGUAAAAGUUAUAUCUGGAUUAAAUUCUUGUAAUAAAAAAUUACAAGACAGGUGCAUAAAGCAAGAUCAGGGGUUUGAUCGUGAACGGAAAGGUUGGGAACAGGAGAGAAAAAAAUGGAGUCAGACACUAGAUGAAUCCAAUACUGCGAUUCAGAAUUUACGUGCCCAUGAUCUGGAGCUUAUUGCUGAGACUAAACGUCGACGUAUUGGAGAUCCAAAUUUUCAUCCGAUAUUACCAUGGAUUACUGAUUUUAAAGGUUCAAAAGUGUCGGAAAAUUGGCGAGAUUUUACAAAAACCAAAUUUCGUUUGAAUAAAGGAGACAGUCAUCUUGAUGCUACAUAUGAUGACCCAAGUAUCUUUACUUCAAUUCAUCCUGAUAUGCCAGAUCUACAAUUACCAUCUUGGGCAUCCUCACCCGAUGAAUUUAUCCGCAUACAUUCUGAAGCAUUAGAAAGUGAUUAUGUAUCAAGUCAAUUACAUCAUUGGAUUGAUUUAACUUUUGGGUGUGAUAAUGCUGUGAAAGAAAAAAAUGUCGCAUUGCCGCUUUUAGAUGGUCAGGGUUCUUUUAUAAAACAUGGAAUUACACAAUUAUUUUCUGAUCCUCAUCCUCAAAAAUCUAAUAAAAUUGCAAGAAAUAGAUUAUUAAAUAAUGGAGGAAAGAUAGGAUUUGAAGACUAUCGUUUAAUUUCACCCAUGAAAAGGAUUCCUUCAAAAUUAACCCAUUCGUCAGAUAAAUUGAAUCAACAGCAGUUGCAGUAUCUGCAAAAACAUCAGCAACAACAAGUUGAUCUUAUGGCUGAUUCUUUUAUUAAUUCAGAUAAGACUGUAGGAAAAUAUCAAACUGUAUCAGCAAAAUCAAAAUCACCCAAACUUAGACCAGUUACAGCAACCAGGUCACAUUCUUUAUACGAUGUCAUAAAUCAUGAUAUUAGUAAAGAUAACACACUUUCACCACUAGCAACGCCAAAUGAUUUUAAAGAUGUACAAUCUCGUAUUGAUACUCUUGUUGCUAUUAUCAGGUGA